CUUUGUCAUGCAUAGAGGGAUUUUUAAAUAAUUUGGCAGAAAUGUCUAUCUCAUAACAACAUUUUGUCGCUUCCAGGAACCACGUCCCUUCUUCAAAGGUCACACUUAUAUUUUGAAGGUUCAUGCUAUCACAAUAGGAGAUUACAGGAUAGGUAGGGCCCAUCUUCUUGAUCGAGUUGAAGUAACUGUUGAACAGAUCACAUUAUCUGUUCUGGAACUGUAACCAUUUUAUUCUACACCUGUUUAUUUGUGUUGCUUUGUGCAAUGGAUGAAGCAUCAGGAGCGGGCUCAAACUCGAGCUUUCAACCCAAAGAGGAAAUUAUAAACACACUCUUAAGUCUUGGAUUCUCUAGAAAUUCUGCUAUAAAGGGGUGCUACUAUACUGGGAACUACAGUGCUGACUUAGCCGCUGCAUGGGUGAUAGAAAAUCAGGAUAAAAAUUUGGACGGUCCUCUGGAGGACGAUCUUGAGUUUGAAGAUGAAGAUGACAGUGAGGAAGAAUUGCCCGAGGGUUUUGACUUGCACAAGAUGGUGUUUGUGGUAAACAUGGAAUUGAACAUGGGUGUAGGUAAAGUGGCGGCACAGUGUGCUCAUGCAGCCCUUGCUCUCCAUAGAAUCAUGAUUGAUAAUGCAGAUAAAUUUGGUGAAAUGAUGAUGAGCUGGGAGCAGUUUGGUGAGACAAAAAUUGUUUUAAAGGGAGACAAUUCCGCUCAGUUGUUAGAUUUGGCAAAGAAGGCAGAAGGAGCUGGUUUACCAAAUUAUAUUGUACAUGAUGCUGGUAGAACACAGAUAGCAGCAGGCUCACAGACAGUGCUUGGCAUUAUGGGAAAAAUUGAUACAGUUGACUCUAUAACAGGAAAGUUGAAACUUUUGUGAUAGUUGUUAUCAGAAGUGCUCGGUGGAUUAGUGAUCAUUGUUAAUGAUAGUGAAAUAUUUAUUGGCAGUGGAUGCCUCAAUGUCUUGGUUAAUAAAACAUAAAAAUUAAGGCAGUGUAAUUGGUAAUGUCAUUGCGGCUAAAAGAAUAUGGCUAGAUGAUGGCCAGCCUUAUAGAACUGAUAGCUGUAAAUGCUUCUAAAUUAAUUUGGCAUACCUCCAGAUUAGUAAAAUAAGAUCAAACUUGGAAAAGAUACAUUAACACAUUCAAUAAUACUAAGAUAGUGUCACCUGGAUUAUAAAUAUUUAUUAGGGCCGGGAAUUAUAUUCAAAAACUGCCGAAUAUUUGAACAUUGAAAAACAAAUACUACUAAAUUCAAAAAGAAAGAAAUGUUUUGAUUUUUUUUCUUUUUUUUUUACUUUCAAAUUUCAAUUAAGAUUGUAAAUUUAACCCUUUACUUGACCAGCCAGGUGUUUAUAUGUUUGUAUAAAGCCUGUCAACGAUUAUUGCCAAUUAACUGAAAAAUUAUUCAUAUAUUUCUUUAAAUGAAUUAGUUUAGUUUGAUUGUAUUUCCACUGAAAAUAUGGGGAGCAUACUGUACUGGGCAGGGUGAUUCUUGUUUGAAUAAUAACUUACAAAAGAAUAAUGUCAGGUUUAUGUAAUUGGUAGAGACAUUGCCUUUAGCAAGUAGAUGAGCCCCAUUUGAUUUUGAGGUCAGGAGGCUAAAGGUCAAGGUCACAAUGACAAUGUAAAAUCAUUGUCUGAUCAAUGAGAAUGAACCACUGGUGAUUCAUGUAACUUUAUAGGGACUUUGCCCAUGACCAGUAGAUCAACCUUGUUAAGGCUGGCCUGUCCUCUCAUUUUGAGGAUUGCUGAUUGAAGCUUAAUGCACUGUUUUACCGGACCGUAUAUCUUUAAUAAUGAUACCAUUGGCGAAUGUGUGUAUUUCUUGUAAAUGAUGUGGAAAGGCAAGCAUAAAAUAUAUCACAUCUGUUAAAAAAUAUGAAAGAAUUAUUAUCCUGUAUAUUCACUCAGUAUUUUAAAUAUCUUUAAUCAUAGAAAUAAGAAAACGGUAAGAAAAUCCAUGUGUUUGUUUCACAUUUUGUUAUAUAUUAAAGUAUUUGGAAGGAUUUUAAUUUUUAUUUGAUAUAUUUAUUUCAAGUCUUUAACAAUAAGAUAUGUUACAUAUUUAAGUGCUUUAAACAAAUUGAGAACGAUGCAAAUUUAAUGAGAAAAUUUUCAGUGUCUAUGCAAGUAGACUGUAUUGUAUGAAUGCCUGAAUAAAUACAAAUUAUAUAUAUGA